CCACUUCCGUUGUCGCAGAGGCGGGGGAAGAAAAAGAGCCGGGACGCGGAGAACUGGCCCGCGGAGAACUGGCCCGCGGAAGGUGCGAGUCCGGUAGGAGGCGGCCGGCGGGCGGGCUGUUGGCGGCUGCCGCGGGUUCCCCGCCAUGCCGGCCCGCUGCGUGGCCGCCCAUUGCGGCAACACCACUAAGUCAGGCAAGUCCCUGUUCCGCUUCCCCAAGGAUCGCGCGGUGAGGCUGCUGUGGGACCGCUUCGUGCGGGGCCGCCGCGCCGACUGGUACGGAGGCAAUGACCGCUCUGUUAUCUGCUCGGACCACUUCGCGCCCUGCUGCUUCGACGUCUCCUCCGUCAUCCAGAAGAAUCUGCACUUUUCGCAGCGCCUGCGGCUGGUGGCGGGCGCCGUGCCCACUCUGCACCGGCCCCCGGCCCUGCCUCCCGAGGCGCGCCCGGGGGAGCCGGCGCCGGCCCCGGCCCCCGAGGCGGAGGAGCAAGGAGAACCCCACGCGGCCGCCGCUCCGCAGCCCGACGUCCCUCCCGCCGAGCCCCCGCCCUGCGGACCUCCCCUCCCCUCCGGGAAAAGGCCCGCGACGGCCCAGAUUACUUAUGAAUAUGAAGCUACCCAGACACAAGUAGAUGUUGAUCACCAAUCUAAUGAUGUCACUUCAGUGCUUCCUUACUGUGAAGAAGGCUUAGUGUCUAUAGAUGUUGAUGUUCAUGCACAUAAGAUGCAUAAAAGUACACAAAUUUCUCUGAAAAGGCCCCCUCAUCGUAGUGUGGGUAUUCAGGCUAAAGUAAAAAUAUCAAAUAAACAACCAUGUGAUGCAUCUACACAAACAGAUGAAUUAUGGUCUGUUCCUAGAACGUCUUCCCUACUUGACAUUUACUCCAGUGAUUCUGAAACAGAUACUGACUGGGAUAUCAAGAGUGAACAGAGUGAUUUAUCUUACAUAGCUGUGCAGGUUAAAGAAGAGACAUAUUGAAUGUGGACAUCAUCUAAUCAUUCAAUGUAUUAUAGAUUCUAAUUCUUACCAGUGUGUAAUUAUUUCUUUGAUCUUAUGAUUCUGUUACUUUUUCAUGAAAAUUUGAUAUUUUAUCACCAACAAGCCUUGUUUUAAGUGAGACAAAAAUUUUCCUACAUUGAGAGCUACUGAAAUUGGUUCUUAUUCCUUCACCCUAUAUUCUUUUUUUUUUUUUUUGGAAACUAGCAAACCCAUAUAAAAGUGAAUUAAGAUUUCCCAAGACAAAUCAAGCAUCCGCUACUUAAGGAUAUUGUUAUUCUUGAAACUAAAACUAUAAAACAACAAAAUGACUACAGAAAAAACCAAAUAAUAGUAAAUGAUUAGGAUAAGAGUAGGAUGUUUAUGUUUAGAUGGUUAUGUAAUAAGAUGACCUGUAUUUUGUUUAGUUCUAAUACCAUUAGAAUUAUGACUCUGUACCUGUGGGAAUUCCUAGUGAAAGCUUUGUAUCUCAUAGAAAAUUUUCUGUGGAUAAUGGCAUAAUUGUUGGUUGGAUUUGGUUUACUUAAACUGUCUUGUGAGUCAGACUAACUUACAUCAACUUACAGUUUUAGCUAAUUUAAAUUUCUAUUAAUUUCAUGUAUAGGAAUUGUUAAAGUCUUAUAUAAGACUGUAUUUCUAGAAGAAUUUCAAAUAUCUGUCCUUGACCUAGUUUUUCCUUUAUCAAUACCAUUUUUACUUUUUAUUCUAAUAAAUUAAAUGUUUGAAAAGUAUAUGCAAGUUAACUUGCAUCAACCAGGGAAAUUCCUAUGGCAAUAUCAUUCAAAUAGCCAUUCCAUUAUUGUGGUUUCUGAAGAAACUUACUUUAUGUACUGUAAUUUUUUUUUUUUUUUUAAGAACAGUGGAAAGAAGCUUCCACUGUGUGUCUCUUGUGUACUAUUGGUUCUGUGUAGAUUGAUUGCACAUGUUUUAUCUCCAAACGUGUAAAUAAUAAAAAGGUUUUUUGAAGUUCAUUUCAAAUGUGAUUUAACUUGAAAACAGUAUAAUUUUUCUAAAUAAAAUAUAAAAUUUAACAUGUUGGAGAUCUGGUAAUGAAAAUUGAAGGCCAGAACAAAAAUUCUAUAAAAGUAGCAUUCCUCUUUACUUUGUCUUAAGUUUAUGAAUGACCUGGUCAUUUUGUUUAAAAAAAUAAUCUUGGUGCUAAGGGAGUUUCUAAUAUCUAAUCUCCAUCCAUCUGAAUAACAAACACUGACAUUUGUACAGUGCUUUAAAGUUUCUGAAAUGCUUGCAUAUAUUCUCACAGUUGAGUCUCUCCCUGGU